ACUGCUGGGGGUCUGCCUAGUUUUGGGGAGGGACAAAAUGCGAGGGAAUAGGAGGACUGAACAGAAAAUAGUCCAACACAUGGAGAGGGCAUUUGGAAUAGUUGAAUGAAUGACAUAUGGGCAAGUUUGAAAGUUGACAGAAGAAUUGAGCAGUGCGUGUUUUGCAAGUUAUUCUUUUAAAAUAUUGAUUUUGUUGGUUUUAGGGUAACGUAUCGUGAUGUAACGUGGCUAGCCAGCUACAGUAGUUGAAGACUUUGAACAGAACACGAUACAGUGGGACAGUGAGCGCUUUAGCUCGCAACACCUCAGUGAACUGACAGCUUUGCUAGACUAGCAAGAACACUUCUCUUUCUGUUUAUCUUUACUCUUCUUUACGCUGUCGUCGAAUUUGUCUUACAUUUCACAGAUAAGCUUGUUGCUAACGGUUUGAUACCUGUCAAGUUUAACUUGUGGUUGUUGGACAUGGUUUUCAAUAACAGCUAGCUAGCUAAAGUUAGUCAGCCAUCAUUAAUUUGUAUUUUUCAACGUUGGACGGACUGAAUGUUCACCUUUGGGAUACUUAACGUUACUGUCAGUAAACAGCAACAAUACAACAUCAACGUUGUAUUUUAAACAAGAGACAAUAUGCAAAAGUUCAACUCGACACACACUAGUACUCUUCCUCGGGACGCUGAGCUUCAGCAGCGUUUAGCCGACAACGGGGGAGCCGGGGAGGCGAUGAAGGAAAACGGCGCUGGGAAGAAUCACAUCCUUGCAGAACCUGCAGACAGUUCACUCUGUACCAAGAGAAAGAUGCUGGUCGGCCUGGAUGUUUUCUGUCUGUUUGUAGCCUCCAUCCCGUUCUUUGCGUGUGAGUUAAAGGCGGUGACUCCGUACCGGAGGGGUUUCUUCUGUGGGGACCAGAGCAUCACCUACCCCUACCUGGAGAGAGAGGCCAUCCCUGACGCACUGCUCAUCGCUGGGGGCAUCGUCAUCACUGGCCUCACGAUUGCGCUGGGCGAGUGUUACCGGGUUCGUUUCCGUGAGGUGCAAUCGCGGGCCUUCGUGCGCAACUGCUACGUGUCCUGCCUCUACAAGGAGCUGGGCAGCUUCCUGUUCGGCUGCUGUGUGGGCCAAUCACUGACCAACAUGGCCAAGCUGAGCGUGGGGCGUCUGCGACCUAACUUCCUGUCGGUGUGCAACGUGACAUACGCCUCGCUCAACUGCGUCCCCGGCUCCUACGUGGCCCAGGUCACCUGCAGGCAGCCCGAACACAAGAUGGUGGAAGAGGCCAGGAAGUCCUUUUUCUCUGGCCAUUCCUCUUUUGCCAUGUACACCAUGCUCUACCUGGCGUUCUACUUGCAGGCACGGUUGUCAUGGCGAGGGGCUCGUCUGCUGCGCCCGCUGCUGCAGUUCCUGCUGGUGAUGAUAGCCGUGUACACCGGGCUGAGCCGCAUCUCCGACUACCGCCACCACCCCACCGACGUGAUCACCGGCUUCAUCCAGGGAGGCCUCACCGCCUACUGGGUGGCCUUCUAUAUUUCCUCCAUGUUUAAGAACAACUGUCCAGACCUGUCUCCCACCAGCAUGUCUCUGGAGAGCCCCCUGUCCAGCCAACAGACCGUCUGCUAGCAACACCUGCCCCAACACACCCCUCCUCACCUACCUGGAUGGAUGGGGGAUGGGAGAAAAGACAGAAAGAGAGGGAGAGACAGUCAGAUAGCAGAUGUGAGCAGCACAUGGAGGGACAGGGAGGGAGAGAAGGUGUGUGAAAAGGAAGGGGGAUGAGAUAAGAGGUAGAGCAGGUAAAGAGCGUUCUAGCAAGUACACACAUGCUCUGAUGAAUACGUCAAGACACGCACACACACGCAGUGCCACCUCUCUCUCACUAACACACACUACCAUCUAACACACACACACACACACACACCAAAUCACUGUAGAGUACAACCCGUCCACAUGGAGAUAUGCAUAGUAAUUUUACAGAUAUUUUUGUAUUCGGAAAAUGACAAAUGUUUCUAUUUUUCAAAUGAGAGUCGUAGAUGAAGCUGCUAAUGAUAAUGAUUUGUUCCUGUUCUAAGUAGAAUAUGUUUUAUAUGUGAUGGUGGUUAGUGGGCAGUGCAUUAGGUUAGCUCUCACAAACACACGGUCAGUCAGUGUCUCUAAAUUAUCUUCAUUGGUCGUCACUUCGUUGGUCAUCCUCUGACCAGCCUGGAUGAUGAUAUCAUCAGCUUGACUCCACUUCUUCAGCUUGACGUCCCCUGACUCUAAUUCUGUGGAUGUCUCAUUGACGUCCCCUGACUCUAAUUCUGUGGAUGUCUCAUUGACGUUCCCCGACUCUAAUUCUGUGGAUGUCUCAUUGACGUUCCCCGACUCUAAUUCUGUGGAUGUCUCAUUGACGUUCCCUGACUCUAAUUCUGUGGAUGUCUCAUUGACGUCCCCUGACUCUAAUUCUGUGGAUGUCUCAUUGACGUCCCCUGACUCUAAUUCUGUGGAUGUCUCAUUGACGUUCCCUGACUCUAAUUCUGUGGAUGUCUCAUUGACGUCCCCUGACUCUAAUUCUGUGGAUGUCUCAUUGACGUUCCCUGACUCUAAUUCUGUGGAUGUCUCAUUGACGUUCCCUGACUCUAAUUCUGUGGAUGUCUCAUUGACGUCCCCUGACUCUAAUUCUGUGGAUGUCUCAUUGUGUGAAACGAGACAGUCAGAACUGAACUGUUAUUUCAGACCUCUACACGGAACAACAGAGCUGCAUGGACUGACAAACCCUGGCAACCAAAUAAGGAACAAGCACUGGCCUCGUGUGCCCUCUUUACCAGUACCCUCUCCAUCCUUCACCCUCUAACUACACAGCAACUAGUAGAGAAUGUCAUGGACAAAGACAAAAGAGAACACUUUGUAUUAAACCAAGAAUCUUAUCUUAACUUCAGUUACCCAGGAGUGAUAGGGUGGAAAUCUGCUUUGCCCAGGUUACGUCCCCUCCCCUUCACUCCCACGCUUUUCCAUGUCUGUACUCUGUACUAACCACUUAUUACUGUGUCUCAGAGGCGGAGCUAUGACUGAACCCUGUAACCUUUGACCUAUUACCCUGACCUCUGAGCUGCACCUUGAGUUAUGCCACUCUCACAGGGGAGCCAAAAUGUCUGCCUCGUGUUGCCUAUGGCAGCGGUUCCCUGUAUAUUCCUAUUAAUAGCACUUGAAUUACAUAAUGGAACCUACUCUGAUAGUAUAAUUGAUAUUAUAUAUAUUUUAUCUCAAGUUUGAAUAAUCAGUGUUUUAUUUGUCUUAAUAUGUCACUCUCAUACGGUACAUGUUUUAGUUUUUUUCCCAAAUGAUAAUUAUUCAAAUUGAAUGUAAAUAGAUAUGUCCUUUUUAUAAACCACACAGAAUUUCAAAAGUAUUAUUAGUGCCAUUUUUGGACAGUUUUUUCACGUUUAUGUGUUAUGUGUCUGUGUUGUUGAUCAGGUACGUAGAGUUGUUGUUAUUGUCAUAACGACUAGACUGAGCCAGAGCUAUUAUCAGAAAGCUAUUUCUUGUUUCCAGUUUUGUGUUUUUUGUUUUCUCUGUGAAUGCCAGAAUGGCUGAAAAUAACCACUGUACUCAAAAAACCAAACCAAUAAAAUGAAUGUUGAAUCUUU